CCGUUGUUUGGUGUGACCCGCAUGUAGUAGUGAACGGGUAGCUGCAGGUGCCGUGGGUGUGGCUGAGGCGUAGCUUGGUGCUUCCAUAGACUCGGGACGUAGGUAAAGUCGUAACUGGUCCUGUAUGGCUAAUAUCGUUACCAUAAGAUCGCUACCAGAAGUCGAACCGCACCAGUCUGGACAUAUUGCAGCCAAUGUGUCUUCUGAAAGACGCCAGUUUUGAUUUGCCCGAUCUUCUUGCUCGACAUUAGCCCUUGCUCCUUCCUUUGCACAUCAAAGGUCCCUUCCGUUGCAAUGUAAUGGUGAGAUACACUUGACUGAUCGUUUACGAUCCAACGUUGAUGGAAACUAUCACUGGGCUGGAGCAAAAAAUCAUUUUUUCGAUUUUCUAAACCCCCAGUCACCAUCGAUCCCAACACUACAACCAUUUGAAACCCGAAACCAUCAUUCGACGACGAUGUUGUUGUCUACAGCACGCGCGGGUAUAAAAUACUCACGUCCUCCCCAACUGCCUGGGUGAGUCUCGACCCAACCCACGUACACUACACUACUACUCUACUCCACCCUAGGAAGGCCAGGAACACUAUCUGGCGAUCAUCGAUUGACCGAUCAUCAAACUAACGACUAUUGAACUGCACCAUUUAACGAUCAUCAAUCAUGAGGCUGGUCAACGGAUUCCUUAUUUUCGUCCUCAGUGCCUCUUCUACUGCCCUCCCCAUGAGGACCCGCAUCCGCACUGUUAACAGCAACAGCAACACGGCUGCUCGUAUUUUAGACAAGGAAAUUGAUACACUGGCGGAUAUUUUUGGCAUCGAUAAGAGUGCUGAAUAUCAAACGACUACCGAUCUUCCCAACACUAUAUCCAAGCGUAACACUAUCGAUAGUCUUCAAGAACCAGACAUACUCGAAUGCAACGGACAUGCAGAGUUGUGCAACCGGAAGUUCAGCAACGUUUCCAUGGUAGUAGCUCACAACAGUCCAUUUGUGCGCCCGCAUAACGCAGCAUCCAACCAAUAUCUUCCCGUCCUAUCGCAACUUAACGACGGGAUUCGCGGCUUAACAUUUCAAACACACACCAAACCCAAAACCUCCGAUAUCCACCUCUGCCACACAUCAUGCAACAUUCUCGAUGUCGGAACCCUAGAAAGCUACCUCACGACCGUAGUCUCAUGGCUCAAGACGCACCCCAACGAAGUCAUCUCCAUCAUGAUGGUGAAUUCCAACCACAUCCACCCCACAGCCUUCAUCGCACCCUUCACAAACUCGGGCAUGCUCCCAUACGUCUACACCCCAUCUCCCAACGCAACAACCCUCGACGCAUGGCCAACCCUCGACCACAUGAUCCGCUUCAACCAACGCGUGGUCGUGACCCUCGACGACGGCGCCGACGAGCAAAAAGUCCCCUGGCUCCUCUACGAAUUCGCAUACCAGUGGCAAACCCCCUUCUCACCCACCGACCCCGCGUUCCCAUGUACCCAAGACCGGCCCAUGGACGAACCCCUGCAUAUCUCUCAAGACAAAAUGUACAUGCUCAACCACAACCUCAAUGCCGAAGUUAAGCUGUUCGGCCAGCAGAUCUUGCUCCCGGCGAUCCCGUUGCUCGACCAGACCAAUGCCGCGCAGGGCAACGGGAGUUUGGGGGAGAGUGUGAAGGCUUGCACGGAGAUGUGGGGGCGCCCGCCGAAAUGGCUGCUUGUUGAUUUUUAUAAUCGCGGGGAUUUCGAGGGAAGUGUUUUUCGGGUUGCUGCUGAGGCUAAUGGGGUGGAGUAUGAGAAGGGGUCGUGCUGUGGGAAGGAGGAGGGGAAGGGUGCUGCGGAGGGUUAUGCGGAGGGUGUCAUGGAUCGGGUUGAAUCGAUGGAUGGAUGGAUCGAGGGUUUGAUACAGGACACGAGAAAGAUUCUUGAGCAGGGCUGA